AUGCUCUUCCAAGACAAAUUUGCGAAGUCGCCUAUUUAUCUGUCACUUAAAAAACAAUAUGAUUCUCCUCCUUCUUCACAGCGAAACACAAAAUCUAGGAAAGCUAACUAUGAAACCUCUCCCAAGAUGAAAAUUGAGGACAAGCUAAUACUAUCUUACCUUCAUUAUUUAUAAUACGUUUAAUGUCCACUACCAGGUUGCUCGACCACAGCUAUCCAGCACCACCCUGGUCGAAUCUCGCUCCAUUUUCCUCAGGGCCCGCCAAGGGUGUGGCGCCUUGGCUUUGAUCUCCAAUGAGGACGCCAGUUUAGAAAUUUAGGCUUCAACAGCUCUUCUUUGAGCUCAGGCACUGACUUGUGUCUGAACAGCACCCUCAAUGUCCCAUCUCUACACUUCUGGAAAAUACCAUUCCCUAAGGUCAGGAAUCCGGUAGGAAAACCACCCAGCUCUUACUUACCUAACAGCUGAGAUAAUUUCACCAGGGAAACCAAAUCUCAUAAUUAAAAUAUAUAAGAGAUAUAGUAAUUGCCCGAGGAUGGCGCAAGAUAGCGCCAUCCUCGGGCAAUUGCAAUAGAUUUUCGGUGGAUACCAGUAAAUUAGAGUGAGCCAUAUUUUAAUUAUUAGGACAAGCUAAUCAAAAAAGGUAUCGAACUUAAGCUCAAAAAAGCUAAAGAAAUAGAAAAGCAUGUUUUAGAAAUGCAAGAAACUAACCGCUAUAUUCCUGAGAUUAAUGAUCAAUCUAGAAUUAUUGCAGAAUCAGCAACAGGAUAUAGAAACCCAUCAUACAAUGUAGGUAGAAGCUCCCCAAGAUUAUGCUCACAUGAGCAAGGUAAUGCUGGAGAACUUAUAUCUCUUGUAUAUAGAGAUUAUGUAGGUGAGACUGCUGAGCCAAUUAAGAAUAUUAAAAGCCCAAGCAAAAAUGAUAGGAAUUUCAAAAUAAUUCCUGAAGAGAAAUGAGAAAAAAGCCCAAAAAAUGAAAAGACUUUGCUUAACGGAGCUAGAAUAAGAGCUUCUAAAGAAAAUAUAGAAGUACUGGAACUGGAAAAGGAACACAAUUUAAAAGAAUUGGCAAAUCGCGAUAACUCAAAUAGGGCAAUCAAAACAAGAACUAUUAAUUUACUCUCACUUCAGUUUAUAAUCAGCAUAUUUUUUGAAAUAUAAGCUAUAGUGAACUACACUGGCUGGCACGGGGUGCUUUUGGCUCAGUUUCGAGCCAAAAGCACCCCGUGCCAGUCAGUGUAGUUAACUAUAAUAAUUUUUUUGAAAUAUUUUUUUCCUUUUCUCAUCCUUAUCUAUUGAUAAUUUAUCGUUGCACAGGCAAAGAAAAAAUUUAAAGAUUUUAUCAAUAUAUACUAAAGAUAUUAGAAAUAACAGCAUUAGCGGGCCCUCAUGCUAAUUCUUUUACAGCCUAUUUGAACCAACAAGUUACCUAGAAGCGAUGAAUCAAUACAAAUUGAUGAAAUAAUCCUUAUCUCAGGAUUUAUCAACUUGGAGUUAACUUGCCACCUCUAGGUGAAUUGCCGGCUUUCAAUUUAUCCAAGAUAAAGCCAGAAUUAGUGCCCGCAAACAGCAUGCCUAGCUAUAUUGAAAUCAUAAUUAGUAAAUGUUUAAUAUUUUUAUUUAAGUUUUAUAUUUAUUAAAGCAAAAUGCAGAAAGCUAUAGACCUGCACCUUAAUAAUUAAAUAGUUAGUCGAUACCAUAAAGCCUGACAAUAACACUAUCAAAAAAAAAAGCCGCCCAAAUAAAUACGUUGAGUUUAUAAUCAAUUCCAAACAAAAAUAUGAGAAAUCUCAAGAAGAAAAGCGCAAAAUAUUUGAGGAUCAAAUAAAUAAGGACUUCACAAAUCCUCAUAAAAAUUAUCCCCAGUUCCAAUCGCAAUCCAAUCUUCCAAUCAUUUCUAAAGUUAUUAACUCUUAUCUUUAAAUUGAAGCAAAUUGCUAGUAAAAUUUCAAUUAACUCGCUUUCAGUUGAAUCACAAUUUUUUUCUAGGUAAAAGCAACAAUUUCUAUCUGUGUCGGUUUAAUAGCAAUUUAAUAUUGCUGAAAGUGAAAUUUACUUUUACCUUGCUCUAUUUUAAAGGAAUAAUUAGACUGAUUAGCAAAGAGCUAUUAGAAUCAAAAGUUUAAAUAUUUGAAAAGUUCAUAUAAUUUAUUCUAACUGAAAAAUUCCAUUUAAACUAAAAUAGAAUUUUUUAUUUCAAUUUAAAGUAGGAGUGAGUAUACUCUGGAUAUUGAUCCCCCCAAGGUUUCAAAAGACGGGUCCGCCAAGAAUUUAAAAGACAAAACCUCAAAGCUAAAAAAUAAUGAAGAAAAAAAAAUGGAAAUAAAGCUGCAAAGAGAUGCAGUUAUCCCUAGAAACAUUGCAUUGAUGUAUAGAGAAAUAAUAAAGCAAAGACUUGAGCUCGAUAGUUCAUACAACUAA